AUGUUGCCCCGCGGCCGGAGCCACGGGACUGCAGAGUCCCGGAGGUCCGAGGCGGUCCAGGUCUCGGGCCGAGAGAACGCUCCGCGACAGGCCCAGCAAGCCUCUGCCGCCACCUGGGGACCCGGCCUCAGGUGGGCAGGCUGGAGGGAGAAGGAGGAGGCCGCUUUAGGGUCAGUUUCCGAGACCGAGCUGCUUGGGACUCCUGGCGGAAGUAGCUGCUCGGAGCCGGAGCCUAGGGCAACUCUGGGCGGAAGCGGUGGAGCUCGAAACUCGAAAGGCAGGGAAGUCAGAGCCGGAAGUCGGUCCCCUCCCCAGGUCGGAAGAGAAUGUUUCCGGAAACAAGGACCCGAAGGUUUGUGUUCCUACCAGGAAAAAGAGCCUUUCUGCCUUCACGCCCACGGCCGUCCCUCUCACUCCUUCCAAAUAUUUAUCAGAAAAGCCCAGGGAAGAAGGGACGACGAGAAGAGGUCCUUGCCUGCCUCCCCGCACUUUAGUAGUCCCUGCAAGGGCUCGUCACAACGUGGGGCUGACGUAAAGUGUGAGGAUUUUCUUCCAUUCUCCGUGAGAUGGCAAGUGUGCGAUCGAAUCAGUGAUUGUGACCGUAGAGAAACCGCAGGUGUAAGGGAGGAACCCAGGGCCGGCACCGCAGACUCCCAGAGAGCGCCGCGCCAAGGUUCUGUGACCUUGAACGAGAAUGAGGAAACCGAGGCUCAGAGAUGCAAAACAACGUGCCUAAAACCAAACAACUGUCUUUUCCUGCCCUCUUCACAGUAGCUCUCCUGGAUCUCAGGCCUUUGGAUUCGAACUAGAACUACACCA